AGCAAACACCRAUUUAAUUACCUUUGUAAGGAAAUACAGCUAUAGAAUCUGAAAAUGUCUGAUGCAGCAAAGAAAGCCAAGAAGCCGGCAAAGGCCCCAGAACAUCCUAAGUACAAUGACAUGAUCGCCGCGGCCGUGACWUCUUUGAAGGAACGCAGUGGUUCUUCCCGCCAAGCGAUCGUCAAGUACAUCAMAGCAAACUACAAGGUUGGCGAUAACGCUGWUACUCAUGYCAAAAUGGCCCUUAAGCGUAUGGUAAACCARGGAAAACUUGUUCACACGAAAGGCACGGGCGCYUCUGGAUCUUUUAAACUGGCCAAGAAGGACAAAGCAGAGCCGAAGAAGAAGAARCCCGCUGCCAAGAAACCUGCAGCGAAAAAGAAGCCAGCCGCUAAGAAAGUCGCAGCGAAGAAAUCAACUCCWAAGAAGGAAGCCAAGAAGCCAGCCAAGAAAGCAGCCGCUAAGAAAACUACUCCAAAGAAAAGCAAAGCAAAGAAACCAGUCGCCAAAAAACCAGCGGCAAAGAAGCCAGCAAAGAAGCCUGCUGSCAAGAAACCCGCAAAGAAACCGGCGGCCAAGAAGGCUGGAAAGAAAUCAGCCAAGAAGUAGAUUACAUUCUACCACAAAAAACAAACGGCUCUAUUAGGAGCCACCCACAUGCUUAAAAGUCAAUUCCUCAAAAUGCUUGAAAUAGUCAUUGACAAUUAAUUCUAGUCGAUGUAGAACUGCAUUUCUACAUAAGCCUUUGAGAAGAGUGUGUGUGUGUUUUGAAAGUUUCCAUCGUACCUUUUAAAAAUGAAAACUUGCAUUAUAUCUUAACACCAGAAAUAACAUUGAGUAAGCAUGUUGUUUUUGAAGAUAAGACAUGACUUUUGUAUUCUCCAUGACAGCUUAUCCAAGAAAUCAUUUACA